UAUUAUAGUAGCACAGGAAGUUGAGCAUUUCCUUUCCGCCUCUUAACCCGGCGCUGUUUACACGCGUGCCGAUUUCUUUUUAGGAAAUUGUCUAAAAUCGACAUAUUCAUAGGAUAUCAACUCGGCAGUUAUGAAACCCAUUCUGUUACAGGGCCAUGAAAGGGCCAUCACACAAAUCAAAUACAACAGGGAGGGCGACCUUUUGUUUUCCGUUGCCAAGGACCCCGUGGCUAACGUGUGGUAUUCUGUGAACGGAGAAAGGCUGGGCACAUACAAUGGACACACUGGUGCCGUAUGGUGUGUAGAUUGUGACUGGGACACCAAGCAUGUGUUGACAGGUUCUGCUGACAACAGUUGUAGACUGUGGGAUUGUGAGACGGGUAAACAGCUUGCGCUCCUGGAAACGAGUUCUGCUGUGAGGACCUGUGGCUUUGACUUCAGUGGUAACAUAAUCAUGUUCUCCACCGAUAAGCAGAUGGGUUACCAGUGCUUCCUGAACUUCUUUGACCUAAGGGACCCUCAGCAGAUCGAGGACAACCAGCCCUACCACUCAGUGCCCUGCAAUGAAUCGAAGAUCACCAGUGCUGUCUGGGGACCCCUGGGGGAGUUCGUCAUUGCUGGCCAUGAAAGUGGCGAGAUCAACCAGUUCAGUGCCAAGUCUGGGGAGAUUCUGAAGACAGUGAAGGAACACACAAAGCAGAUCAAUGACAUCCAGUCGUCUGUGGAUCUCACCAUGAUCGUCACCGCCUCCAAAGACUGCACCGCCAAGCUUUUUGACUCCACGUCACUUGAUCACAUCAAGUCCUUCAAGACAGAGAGACCCGUCAACUCCGCUGCCAUCUCUCCCAGCAUGGACCAUGUGGUCAUGGGUGGUGGUCAAGAGGCCAUGGAGGUCACAACCACAUCCACGAGGAUUGGCAAGUUCGAGGCCAGGUUCUUCCAUGCGGCCUAUGAAGAGGAGUUUGGAAGAGUAAAGGGACAUUUCGGUCCCAUCAACUGUGUAGCUUUCCACCCAGAUGGGAAAAGUUAUAGCAGUGGAGGAGAGGACGGAUACACCAGAAUUCACUACUUCGACCCCCAGUAUUUCGACUUCGAGCUGGAGGCGUAGACAGCUUCGAAAGCAGCAACAUUCCAUCUGAGCGCUGACCCCAGAUCAGUCGUACGGCAGCGUGUCAGCAGCACACUGCGAAGCAGCUCCAACCAUCGGCUGCACUUAUGCAUUUCUGGUUUUUGUAUGCUUGGUUUUACUUCAACACAUCACUCUCUAUGAGCCUUACUCCAGGGUCUAUUAAAUUAAUGGAUAUUGCUAAUAAAAACUUGGUUUUGAGGCA